AAAAAAAAAAAAAAAAAAAAAAAAAAAAAAAAAACAGUUCAAAAAAAAAACCCCCCAAAAAUGUCGACCACAUCCCCUCCCAAAUCCCCAACCUCGCCAACCCAGGCGGCGGCGGAUCGGCUGCACCGGCCGAUCCUGCAGUCGAUGCCCGACAACCGCACGCAGUCGUUUGACGAGAUCUACGGCCCGCCCGAGAACUUUCUCGAGAUCGAGGUGCGCAACCCGCGCACCCACGGCAUCGGCCGCCACAUGUAUACCGACUACGAGAUCGUCUGCCGGACCAACAUACCCGCCUUCAAGCUGCGCCAGAGCACCGUCCACCGCCGCUACUCGGACUUUGAGUACUUUCGCGACAUACUCGAGCGCGAGUCGGCCCGCGUCACCAUCCCGCCCCUGCCCGGCAAGGUCUUCACCAACCGCUUCAGCGACGACGUCAUCGAGGGCAGGAGGGCUGGGCUCGAGAAGUUUUUGAGGAUCGUCGUCGGCCACCCGUUGUUGCAGACCGGCAGUAAGGUCCUGGCUGCGUUUGUACAAGAUCCUAACUGGGAUCGCAACGCUUGGUGACUCGUUCGUUUUGCUCGGAGCUUCUCAUCGUCGUCCUCGACAUUAGGGGGUGCAGCCCCUCGCUCGGGAGGCAGGGAUAGCCAUCACCGCCCUCACAGCUCGUCUCAGCCGUCGCCUCCAAAACAACGAAGGCUGCGAAAACAGCCCCCGUGGGGGGAGACUCAGACGCUCAAAAGAAUUGUCGGCAGUGACCACGGACAGCGGUGAUGAUGAUGAGCGCUGAGACUUCUUCCCCUGAGUUCCAAGAGAUGGGUUGUUCCGGGCAAUGUUUUUUUUUUUUUUUUGUUGU